AUGCUUUCAAUAGAAAAAGAAAAUUCUAGAGUUGCUACAACUAAACCAUUAGAUGAACUUUUUACGAAUGUCGGUCAAAAGUUUGAGACAGAGACCGUAAAGCAUGAAGGCUAUCGUUUUGACUACCCAUUGAGAUGGCUAAGAGACCCAUCCGUCACAAAAGCUGUUGGCUUUCGUAGAAUGAAGUUCAUUUCAGAAGCCAUACAUGGUUUCCCAUUUACGGUCGGUUUUGAAGUUCGAUACUAUAACAAAGAAAAACAUACGUAUGAGAAAUUUGAACAGGGAAAACUUUUACAAGUGAAUUUGCUUGUAAACUUAGAAACAACUCUUCAAGCUUUUCAAGAAAAAAUAAACGAUAUCUAUCUCGAAUAUGCAAACCAGUUUAACAUUGACGAAGGAGAGUACCAUCUCGAUAUUUUAUAUGACAGGAAAAAUGCAACUGUUAAAAUCAAUAAAAUAGAAGACCUUGGAGACAACGU